AUGAAUAACGAUCUUAAAUAUGUACUUCUGCCAACGGUAGAUGAUCGACGUCGUUCUCCUAAAUUUCAACCAUGGUACCGCGAAAGAAUUCGAAUGAAAUAUCCAUGUAAUAUAAAUACAAAAAAUUGGAAGUUUGUCAAAGAUGGUCUUGAUGAUUUUCGAGAUGGAUUACCACCGUCACAUGAUGAUAUUAUGCUACAACCGGAAAAAGGACUUGGACCUGUAUUAAUAUCUGAUCAUCGUCGAGUAAAAUCUUCUGUAGCACGUGUACAAUCUCGUUUUAGUGAUCAUCAAAUGUAUUAUAGUCGAGAAAUUCCAGCUGCAGAAAAACGACGUCGAACAAUUGAUAAAUAUAUAUCACAUUUACUUGAACAUCCAGUCGCAUUCUUUGAACAUUUUAGUCGAAUGUUAUCACCUGAAAUAUAUGAACGAGUAACAAAACUAUUCGAAGCUGAAUUAUUACGUUUCGAUGUUGAUGAACAUAAAUCAUCAGUUGAUGAAGAAAAAGAUUCGAAUGAUGAACUAAUUCAAACAGAAAUUAAUGAUAAUGAACCAAUAGAUGAAUUAUCAAAUGAUUUAACAACAAAAGGACAUAUUGAUGUAAAUACUCAAAUAACAGAAUCAUCUGAGAAUAAAGUUAAAGUGAGUAAAAUAGGACGAAAUGGAGUUGUCUAUGAUGAGUCAGGUAAUCAAUGGAGUGCGGAUGAGUAUGAAAAAAAACAAAAGAAUCCUUAUCGAUGGUUUAUUGAAAAACAACGACAAAAACAAAGAGCAAAAGGACCUAGUCAAGAUGAACAAGCAGCUGCAGCUAUGGAAGUACGACUUCGUAGUGUUUCUGAACAAUUUUGUGCAUGGUUGUAUGAUCUUAGUACUGAAGCAAAUACAGAUAUUGAUCCAGCUGUUGUUCGAAAUUUAUUUUCAACUGCUUAUGAUACUAAACCAUCGUUGAAUGUACCAAUUAAAGUCAUUGAAAUGACAAGAGUUCCGGUUGAAUUACGAGAAGGUGUGCAAGAUACAAUGAUUCCUGAAUCAGAACAACCGCACGCAACUUUAGCAGAAUUGCGUCUGGCAGCAAGUAGUGCUAAAUCGAGAGAAAUGGCUAGGCCACUUAUAGAUGACGAACCACGUACACAAAAAUACCGAUAUGGUGCGUGGUAUCUACCGAAAAAUCUUUGGCAUCGCACAUUGAUAACUGAAGAACUUCUUGAUCCAAAAGUAUUAAAAGCUGAACGUGAAGAUGUGACACGACAGCGUGAAGAACAAAUUAAUGCUCGUCUUGCACCAUUACAUGGUGUUAAUGCAUUUCGAGAUUAUUUACAAGAUAAAAAUGUUCGCCGAUUGCCAAAAUUGAUAACUGAUGUUGAACAAUAUCGACGUAUUCAUCUACCUGAAACAAUCAAUCCACCAACUGAAUUUCAAACAAAACGUACAGGAUUUUCAUCAACUUAA